AUGAACCCGCUCUUCGGCCCCAACCUCUUCCUCCUGCCGCAGGAGCAGCAGGGGCUGGCGGGCCCCGAGCUGCCGCCGCCGCCCGCCGCCGAGCCCCUGGGCGGGGAGCCGCCCGCCGGCCCCUUCUCCGCACCGCCCGCCGCCAUGGCCCUCCGCAACGACCUGGGCUCCAACAUCAGCGUCCUCAAGACGCUGAACCUGCGGUUCCGCUGCUUCCUGGCCAAGGUCCAUGAGCUGGAGCGGCGCAACCGGCAGCUGGAGAAGCAGCUGCAGCAGGCGCUGGAGGAGGGGGCGGGCGGCCGCGGCCGCGGACCCCCGCGCCGGGACCAGGCGGUGCAGACCGGCUUCGUGGGUCCCAUCCGCACCCUAGGGCUGGGACUGGGGCCGGGGCUGGGGCUGGGGCUGGGCUCGGCCCGGGCGCUGGGGUCCCCCGGCUCCCGCCCCGGUGGUCCCGGCCAGCCCUCCGCCUACUCCGCCGGCUCCCGCUUCAUGCCCGGCACCAUCUGGUCCUUCUCGCAAGCGCGGAGGCUCGGCCCGGGGCCCGAGACCACCCUGGUGCAGGGACCCGGCGUCUCCUGGGUCCACCCCGACGGGGUGGGUGUGCAGAUCGACACCAUCACCCCCGAGAUCCGAGCCCUCUACAACGUGCUGGCCAAGGUGAAGAGGGAGCGCGACGAGUACAAGCGCAGAUGGGAAGAGGAGUACACGGUGCGUGUCCAGCUUCAGGACCGAGUGACUGAGCUGCAGGAGGAAGCCCAGGAGGCUGAAGCUUGCCAGGAGGAGCUGGCCAUGAAGGUGGAGCAGCUCAAGGCAGAGCUUGUUGUCUUCAAGGGACUGAUGAGCAAUAACAUCACGGAGCUGGACACCAAGAUCCAGGAGAAGGCCAUGAAGGUGGACAUGGACAUCUGCCGUCGCAUCGACAUCACUGCCAAGCUGUGUGAUGUGGCACAGCAGCGGAACUGCGAGGACAUGAUCAAGAUGUUUCAGUCUCUGCACUUGUCUCCCGUUAAGGUCCCAGCCUCGGUGGGGCGGAAGCGGGAGCGGGAGCGCAGGCAGGUCAGCGACGAGGACACCUCGCUGUCAGAGAGCGAUGCCUCCCGGAAGCCCGACGAGGAGGAGGAGGACGAGACCACGGCCAUGAGUAUCAAUGAGGAAAUGCAGAGGAUGCUGAACCAGCUGAGGGAAUAUGACUUUGAGGAUGACUGUGACAGCCUCACGUGGGAGGAGACAGAAGAAACGCUGCUCCUCUGGGAGGACUUCUCUGGAUACGCCAUUGCAGCCGCAGAGGUGCAGGGGGAGCAGCAGGAUGACAGCCUGGAGAAGGUGAUCAAGGACACGGAGUCGCUGUUCAAGAGCCGCGAGAAGGAGUACCAGGAAACCAUCGACCAAAUAGAGCUGGAACUGGCCACAGCCAAAAAUGACAUGAACCGGCACCUCCACGAGUACAUGGAGAUGUGCAGCAUGAAGCGAGGCUUGGAUGUGCAGAUGGAGACUUGCCGGCGGCUCAUCACCCAGUCUGGGGACAGAAAGUCUCCUGCCUUCACCCCGACCUCCAACAGCGAGUCAGCCCCGAAUGAGGAGAGCGAGGAAUCUCUCAGCGAGCGUGAUCCCCCCAGCGAUGCUUCCAUCAGAUAAUGCGGGGAGGCCCGGCUCCCUUGGACCCCCUUCCUGGCACGGGGUUGCCUGAGUCACACCUGGGAGAGACUGUCAGGGACGUGGAACUGCUGGUAAACGUCUGUCGCCCAGGCUCACUCCCGUUUUGGGGUGCUUGGCAGAUCCCACACGCCCCCUCACCGGAUACCUUGCAAAUGGGAAUAGCUAGAUAGACUUGAGGGCCCUUGCCCAGGCUGCUCUGCCUCCAGCCCCUUCUCUAUUCCCUUUCCCUGCUUUGGUUAAGCCGUGGUUCGGGCAGGGAGGCUCCAAACCUGCCGUGGUGGCGUUCUGCAGGACGUGUUCCCAGGCGCCUCCAGAGCCACCUCCUCCGGCCUCCGUCCUGGUACACCUGCCCUGCCCCUGCCCUCCCUGCGCUGCACGGAGCCGAACGAGAGCCGUACCUCCCUGCAAACUGGACCUGACACUGGUGCCAACUGGACCGAGCCCGGGGCUCUCCCCGUCCUUGCUGCUGGCCGGGCACCUGGCUGGCACUGCCCCCGCCGUGCCGGGCACCCCGAGCCUCCCAGGCCUUCUCCAGGGCGGGGGCCGAGUCCCGCUCACUGUGCACUUUGCUUUGCUCACGUCUGUGUUACGGGGGCGAGGUCAUUAAAUGGGACGAUUUCCUUUUCUACAG